AUGCUUCGCGCGCCGACCCCACCGCAUCUGAGGCCAUGGUCCGCACCGACUACCCACAGUGAAGUAAUGUGAGGAUGUCGCAGGCCCCCGGCGGGAAGAAGGGCGGGAAGGGCCCCCCGAAGAAGAUAGAUGAAGACAAAAAUCUCCCGGCCAAACUCGAGGACAAAGACGAGACAUCAUCCAACAAUGGAGAUAAGAAGGAGAAAGAGAAUGGAGACGCUGUGCCAAAACCUCCUAGUGCUGGGAUCAAUAUACGGGAAGUGGCUGGGAAGGUUCUCGUCCUGGCGCAAAAGGGGGAAUGGUCGGCCGUGGAGCAGACGCUCAAGGUCUUGGAGAAGCUGGUGGCGGCUGGUGGGGAAGACUCCGUCACUGUCCCCAUGGCUGGGAUUUUGGACCCGACAACCGGGAUGACACCACUGAUGUAUGCGGUGAAAGACAAUCGGACGUCAUUCGUGGAGCGACUCAUAGACCUGGGGUCGGACGUCGGGGCUCGAAACAACGACAACUACAAUGUUCUGCACAUAUCGGCCAUGUAUGCUCGGGAGGACAUUGUCAAGUUGCUGUUGUCCAAACGCGGAGUGGACCCCUUCGCUACAGGCGGGAGUCGGCAACAAACAGCGGUGCACCUGGUGGCGAGCCGGCAGACCGGCACAGCGACCAGCAUCCUGCGGGCAUUGCUCACCGCCGCCGGCAAGGAUAUACGACUCAGAGUUGAUGGGAGAGGGAAGAUCCCGCUGCUGCUGGCGGUGGAAGCCGGCAACCAAAGCAUGGUACGCGAGCUACUCAGCGCACAGACCGCCGAGCAACUGAAGGCUUCCACACCAGCGGGCGACACAGCCUUGCACCUGGCCGCCCGGAGACGAGACGUGGACAUGGCUCGGAUCCUGGUCGACUACGGCGCUGCCGUGGAUGCUGUCAACGGCUCCGGCCAGACGUCAUUACACAUCGCCGCCGCCGAGGGUGACGAGCCCCUAGUCAAGUACUUCUAUGGCGUCAGGGCGAACGCUGCCAUUGCUGAUAAUGAAGACCGCACGCCCAUGCACUUGGCAGCAGAGAAUGGCCACGCUGCCAUCAUCGAGCUCCUGGCAGACAAGUUCAAGGCAUCCAUCUUCGAGAGAACCAAGGAUGGGAGUACUCUCAUGCACAUUGCAUCUCUUAACGGUCACGCCGACUGCGCCAUGAUGCUUUUCAAGAAGGGCGUCUAUCUCCAUAUGCCAAAUAAGGAUGGAGCUCGAAGCAUACACACAGCGGCAAGGUACGGUCACGUGGGCAUCAUCAAUACGCUGCUGCAGAAAGGGGAGAGUGUGGAUGUGACCACUAAUGAUAACUACACAGCGCUUCAUAUAGCUGUCGAGUCGUGUAAACCGGCAGUGGUGGAGACGUUACUUGGGUAUGGGGCUGACGUCCACAUACGAGGUGGCAAGCAGAGGGAAACCCCCUUACAUAUUGCGGCCAGAAUUCCUGAUGGUGACAAAUGCGCGUUAAUGUUGCUGAAGUCGGGAGCUGGCCCAAACAAAGCAACCGAGGAUGGUAUGACUCCCGUGCACGUGGCCGCCAAGUUCGGGAACCUUGUCACACUCGCGCUGCUUCUGGACGAUGGUGGAGAUCCCUUGAGGAAAACUAAGACUGGAGAAACGCCAUUACAUUUAGCAUGCCGCGGAUGUAAACCCGAUGUCGUGAGACAUUUGAUUGAAUUUGUUAAAGAUCAUAAAGGAGAAAGCGUUUCGACUUCAUACAUUGACGCCGUCGACGAGGAUGGUGCCAGUGCCUUACAUUAUGCAUGCAAAAUUACGUCAGAAGAAGUGAAAAUAGCUUCAGCCGACAGACAAGUAGUCAAAUGUUUAAUAGAAAACGGAGCUGAUGUUACUUUAAUAACGAAACAUAACCAUGAAACUGCAUUUCAUUUCUGCGCUAUUGCUGGUAAUAAUGAUGUGAUGACCGAAAUGAUAACGCAUAUGUCUUCAGCCGAUGUUGGCAGAGCGUUAAACAAACAAAAUUCUAUCGGAUGGACUCCUUUACUUAUUGCAUGUAAUAGAGGACAUAUGGAACUCGUGAAUACGCUUCUAAAUAACCAUGCCAGAGUUGACGUGUUUGAUGUAGAAGGACGGUCAGCGUUACAUUUGGCCGCCGAACAUGGCUAUCUCCAAGUAUGCGAUGCCUUACUUACAAAUAAAGCGUUUAUUAAUUCUAAAGCAAGAAAUGGUAGAACAGCCCUUCAUUUAGCUGCUAUGAAUGGAUACGCACAUUUAGUUAAAUUUUUAAUAAGAGAUCAUAACGCUAUGACUGAUGUUCUUACUUUGAAGAAGCAAACGCCCUUACAUUUAUCAGCGGCCAGUGGGCAGAUCGAAGUUUGUAAACUAUUGUUAGAACUGGGAGCUAAUAUUGAUGCUACGGAUGAAUUGGGACAAAAGCCAAUACACGCAGCAGCGCAAAAUAAUUAUUCUGAAGUGGUACAGUUAUUUCUACAACAGCAUCCUAAUCUGGUCAUGGCUACAACGAGAGAUGGGAAUACGUGUGCGCACAUAGCUGCUAUGCAGGGUUCCGUGAAAGUGAUUGAAGAAUUAAUGAAAUUUGAUAGGACCGGUGUGAUAUCUGCUAGGAAUAAAUUGAAUGAUUCUACACCUUUGCAAUUGGCUGCUGAAGGCGGCCAUGCGGACGUUGUCAGGGUUUUAGUAAGAGCUGGUGCGUCUUGUACAGAUGAAAAUAAGGCUGGACUUACAGCUGUUCAUCUCGCAGCUGAACAUGGACACACUAAUGUGUUAGAUGUGAUGAGAUCUACAAACACUUUAAGAAUUUCUAGUAAAAAAUUGGGUCUCACGCCUUUACACAUAGCAGCUUAUUAUGGACAAGCAGAAACGGUACGCGAGCUCCUGUCGCACGUGCCCGGGACGGUGAAGUCCGAAGCGCCGACCGGCGCGUCGCUGGUGCCGGUCGUGGGCGCGGAGUCCGGCCUGACGCCGCUACAUCUGGCUGCCUACAACGGCAACGAGAACGUUGUGCGGUUGCUGCUCAACUCUUCCGGGGUGCAAGUUGACGCGGCUACUAACGAAAAUGGUUUCAAUCCUCUACAUCUAGCAUGUUUUGGAGGACACAUGUCUAUUGUUGGAUUACUAUUGAGCAGAUCUGCUGAACUGUUACAAAGCACAGACAGACACGGAAAAACUGGCCUUCAUAUAGCAUCGACACAUGGUCACUAUCAAAUGGUGGAGGUUUUACUUGGUCAAGGGGCAGAAAUAAACGCCACAGACAAAAACGGAUGGACUCCUUUACAUUGUGCAGCCAAAGCCGGACAUUUGAAUGUUGUUAAACUUUUGUGUGAAUCUGGUGCGUCACCUAAGAGUGAAACCAAUUUAAACUGCGCACCCAUUUGGUUCGCCGCUUCAGAAAAUCACAAUGACGUCCUUGAAUAUCUACUUCAUAAGGAACAUGAUACGCAGUCACUUAUGGACGAUAAACGAUUUGUUUACAAUCUCAUGGUGUGUUCGAAAAACCAUAAUAAUAUUCCGAUCGAGGAAUUUGUUCUGGUGUCUCCAGCACCCGUGGAUACAGCAGCUAAACUCUCGAAUAUAUACAUCAAUUUAUCCACUAAGGAAAAGGAGCGUGCCAAAGAUCUUAUAGCAGCGGGUAAACAAUGUGAGGCGAUGGCCACAGAAUUAUUAGCGCUGGCAGCUGGGGCUGACUCAGCUGGUCAUAUACUCACAGCCACUGAUAAUAGGAAUGUUGAGUUUCUGGACGUUUUAAUUGAAAACGAACAGAAAGAGGUCAUCGCCCACACCGUCGUUCAGAGAUAUCUUCAGGAACUCUGGAGAGGGAGCCUCAAAUGGUCGGGCAUCAAAAUCAUGUUCCUCUUUGUCGCAUUCAUAAUUUGUCCGCCAGUUUGGCUGGUGUUUUCUCUUCCAUUAGGCCAUAAAUACAAUAAGGUUCCAAUAAUUAAGUUCAUGUCCUACUUAACUUCACAUAUUUACCUCAUGAUACUAUUAGCGUUAGUAGCCAUUAUGCCUAUUUAUAAUUCAAUAUUUAGAGAUACUUUAGUACCGCGAUGGUACGAAGUGGUGUUGCUCAUUUGGUUGAGUGGUCUUUUACUUUUUGAACUUACCAAUCCGAGUGAUAAAUCAGGCCUCGGUUGGAUCAAAAUGGCCGUGUUAUUGCUCGGAAUGAUCGGAGUGGCCACUCACGUCGUGGGCUGGAUCUUCGUGAUGCCCAAGUAUUGGCCCACUCUUAUGUACUGCAGAAAUCAAUGUUUUGCAUUAUCUUUUUUACUAGCUUGUGUACAAAUAUUAGAUUUUCUAUCUUUCCAUCAUCUCUUUGGACCUUGGGCCAUCAUUAUUGGGGAUCUAAUGAAGGAUUUAGGCAGGUUCCUUGCAGUGCUCGCUAUAUUCGUCUUUGGAUUCUCAAUGCACAUUGUGGCUCUAAACCAGCCAUUCAGGAAUAUUGAAAAACCGGCUGAUAUAACCCAUGCUAAGCAAAUGAGAAGGAAACUAUUCUCAGACGAUAAUAACCAAGGGACAAAACGGCGAACUUCUGAUACCUUAUCCAAUACCACGACCGCCGUAGAGUGGUACAGGAGGAAGCAAGGGCCGACAGGACCGUCGUUGUCAUCGUUCGAGGCGUUCGAGAAAUUGUUCUUCGCCCUUUUCGGCCAGAUCACCUUGUCCGACCUGAACUACAUCACCAACGUCCGGCCCGCCUGGACGCAGAACCUGUUCAAGUUCGUCUUCGGGGCGUACUUACUGAUGUCAAACGUGGUGCUCGUAACGCUCCUCAUUGCGAUGAUGUCGGAUACAUAUCAGCGCAUACAGGCCCAAUCAGAUAUAGAAUGGAAGUAUGGCUUGUCCAAAUUGAUCAGAAACAUGCACAGGACGACCACUGCGCCUGCGCCGCUAAACUUGGUCACCACGUGGCUCAUGUGGAUAAUUGCAAAGUGCAAGGAACGAAUGAGCAAGAAGAAGCGGCCGAGCCUUGUGCACAUGAUAGGUCUGCAGCGAGGGGAUCAGAUGAGCGCGCGGUCCAAAGCUGGAGCCAAAUGGCUGUCCAAAGUCAAGAGGGGGCAGGUGGUUCCUAAAGAUUCCACGCGUCUAUCAGUGGUGCACCUCAGUCCUCUCGGCUCCCAGCUGAGCUUCAGCAACACCACCCGCAUUGAGAAUGUAGUGGACUGGGAGAUCAUCGCCAAGAAGUACCGGGCCCUCAUGAGGGACGAGCCUGACGACUUGGUGCAGAAGGAGGACGAGGCAGACGCUGGCGAUGAUACCUCGGAGAUCGUGCCUAACAAUGUAGCUGCGGCCCCGCCGUGAAGGAAUAAAAUAAACAUCUGGACAUGAAGAACUAUAUUUGAAGAGUUUGGGAUAUUGUCAUGAGACUGUCACGGUGGAAACGACAGGAACAUAUAUGAUAUAUGUAUAUAUAUAUAUCUAUGUGUAAGGUAAACAAAAUUUCAGAUUCCACGCGACUAUCAGUGCCUUUAACAUAGUUUCUUGUCAUCUUUCUGAUUCUUACCAUUAUUUAUGUAAUUAUAAUGGCGUAUGAAAGGGCUGGUCCCACUUGUCUUCAAUCAAAUAAACGUGAUUAGGUCUGAAGUGCCAUUGUGUUACUCUUCAUAUCAUUCAAAUCUAAGUUGAAUAUAGAGAAACGUCUAUUGGUCUGAGCACAGAAAAUUGUGUCUUGGAAGAGUUGUCACAUUUUUUACACAUACAUAUUUAGGAAGCUAGUCUAUCCUACGUCGUUUAAUUUAAUUAGUGCCUAUCUUUUAUAAUGUUAUUUUCAUUUCUAGUCAUAUCUAUAAGUGUUUUGAUACAUACUUGCCAUUCUUCAGCAAAAUAUUUACCUUCAGUAAUAAAUAAAAGAAAAAUCGAAUGAAAGGAUAAAAGAGCAAUAAGUAUAUAUAUUUUGAGGCAAAUAAGUAAUUAUAUACAUAAGUAAGAUUUAGAUAAGUAAUGAAUUUAAUUUUUCGUCUUUCAUCCGUGGACCGUUGAGUUGUUACUAUCUAGUCAUUUUUGUAAAAAUAUUUUUAUUUUAUAUAUUUUUUAUAUUUAAUUGUCAACAAAUAAAUUAUUACAUGUACAAAGUUAUUUAUUUAUCAGUAAGUAUACUUAUCUAUUGAGUAAAUGCAACAUGCAUGUAAAUAAAUCAUCAAUCGUAGAUGUACUCGUAGGUACUCAUAGUUUGUAGCUCUUACACAUUUAUCGAAAAUCUAGUUUUUGUAUUAAAAAAGUAAAACAUAUUAUAUUUAUUAGAUUUCAUAUUUUAUCCAAAAAGGCAUAAUACCAAAAUUAUAAUUUUAUAUUUUCACACCGUGUAUGUGAAUGUAAAUAUAAUGCCGGUUCCACACUAUGUCAGAACAUUUCGCCCCACUUUAACGGAUUUGGCAUACAUUGCUGGUUGUUCAUUGCAGUAUAUAAAAGCACGCAUAAUACUCAAACUACGCAAUGUUUAUGCAUUCACGUCGGCUUUCGACGAUAGUGUGGAGCCGGCAUAAACAUUCACUCGAAAUUCCCACGGGAAUUGCCCCGGGGUGCAACAGUAUUUAUAUAAAAAAGUAUAAUUCCAGAAAUAAUUUUAAUUUCAACAUACAGCAUGUGAACAAUGUUAAUUAUCAAUAAAUAAUUGUUGUGUUUAUCUUUUUGUUAUGACAUAAUGAAUAUAUUUUAAAUAUAUAACAGUAAGUAAGUCGAAUAUUUUUGUAAAUAAAGUAUUGUAUUUGUGUACAAGUAUUGCAUUUGUUUAAGUUAAUAUAAGCAACUUGAUUUUAUUA